AAAAUGGCAACUGAAACGCAUUUCAUGCAAAGUAACAUUGAGCAUUGCCGUAUCAUAAAUGACUUAUCCGACGCAACGACGGAACUAAUAACGAAAAUAUUACAACAUAAACAGAAACCUUUGGACAAGAGUGCGCUUUCGUCGAUUUCUGAAAAUGUGUGCAACGAAAUUGAGCAUUUUGGACUUGCGCUUCUAAGACUAGUUAAAAAAAUACGGGAAUCUGUAUUAGCAGAUGUUAGUGAACAAUUUGCGCAAUAUCACACAACAAGCAAUUUAUCAAACGUUGGUCAGGUAAAAAACUAUUGCGAAAGUAAAACAAGCGAAUACGCACGUGUGAAGGACAACCAGUGUGCAGUUGAUAUUGAAUUAUUAAAACAGACUUUGGAACUCGAACAAAACAACACGGAUGAGUUGCAGCAUUCGAUUAACGACCUUCGGGUGACACAGGAAGAGCGUAUGGUUAAAUUAGAGCAACAAGUGCUAGAAGCUGAAAGAUUAUUCAAAGAAAAGUUUGAACUAAAGAAGCUUCAUAAGAGAAAAGACCAGGUGUCAAAUGUUUUGAUGAAUAAAGAAACGAUUUAUGGCCAAAGAUUGACAAAGAAAGUGGAAGUAACUAAAAGAUCAGUGACUCCACGUAUUCACAGUGCUUCUCCAUCUCGAUGUCAGAUCAAAACCACCGAACAGGGUCAUGAACAUAUUCGCCUGGGUGAUCCAGUAGUACCAAGAAGUUUGCGAGAGAAAAAAGAAGAGCUGCAACUGCAGGAGGAGAUAAGAUGGUCUAGGAUUACACCAAUUCCCGUUCGAGGAUCAAAAAGAACUUAUCACCGCGUUCAACUGCCGCGGAAAAAGGCUGAAAAAGAUUUAGUGGGUCCAUAUCGCUCAUAGAAACACCUUUAUACACAGCCUAAAAGAACGACACCGUACUGAACAUGAUGUGUGUUAGAAUUCAUAAACCUAAGACAACGACAUGGAUUGUGCCAAAGCAUUCGACAAUCGAACAAACCUAAAUUUGGAAAGUCGGAAAGCCAAAUCUAAAACGAAUGCAUGAAUAAUUGUAAGUCAUGGAAAAGUGAACUGGAGCAUCGUAAGUGGUCAAAUGCCAGCGGUCCGUGAAAAGUUAUCUUGUUCGGCAGAAAAUCCUCUCGUGUAAGAAGUAAAAAGUAUUAUGAAAACCAGAAGUUAGUUUGCCGUACAGAGACGACCUAAGAAACUCCCAAUAUGAAGUUUUAUAAAAAGAUGCAAAUACCAAGUUUCUAGAUGAAGAUAUCGCAAAACAAGACGGGUAACGAGAUGGUGAAAAAACACCAAGGUCAUAAUAAGAAAAAAUAGGAUGUUUAUUAUUAAAAAACAAGGAUUAAAAACUCUAUAAAACUGCAUUACAUAAUAGAAACACCUUUCCACUUCGUGGAUAAGAAGAGUAUAUAUUAGUAAUGUUGAAAUUCUGUAUACAUAUAUACAUCCUUCACUAUGUUAUAUAGUAUUAAAAAUAUAGCGGCCAUUUUCAACUGCA